AACGGAUCCCGCCCGUUUUGCCACUACCCACAAUUUUUUCUGGAGGAAUCCCAGAAAGUCUCUAACUGAAUCCUCAGUGUCGUUGUAUAUAUUGUGACCUGCAUUAAGUUCCAAUCAUCAUCCCUCUCUAGAUCUGGCUCACCUUGCUCUGUGCAGGUGGUGUUUGUGGCCCUGACUAUCUAAAUUGGUGUGAGAAGUUGGACCCAACACUAGCUCAGUUCUCAUUCCUUCGAAGGUACCCUUAAUUUGCAAUGUUAUUUUUUCAAUUAAUUGCUUUAGUUUAUAUUAUCUUUUUCUCUUGUGUAUGUGUUUGAUUAUUGUACUGAUUUAGCCUUUUUUUAAGUUGGAUGAUAAACUCUAUACCCAGUAGUUAAGCAAAAUUUAAUCUUUCUCAAUCUCAAGCACUUUUUUUCCUACUUUUGUUUUUCUUCAUUUAUACUAUUCUCGAAUGAUUUAACUGAGUUCAUCUAAUAUUUACUCAAGGGUAUAUAUGCACAAGGGGCUACUGGAACAAAACAGAUGUAGUUUCUUUAGCUUUUUAGAUGAACUUACACUUCAUUUUUCAUUAGUUAACUAAGUCUGAAUUCCAUUAUAGGCCUAUACUUUCAAUGUGUGUCUGUCAUGUAUCUUAGUUAUUGGAAUGGUUAUUUGUUUUGCAUGCUGAUCUUUCAAAAUUUAAAUCUGAACAAAUUGUUUCCAGUUCUGUUUUAGUUUCUUGCCAUCCCUUUUCUUGAACCAUUUUAUUUACUAUUUUUAUGUGUAUGUGAGAUAGUAUUAUGGAGAUCUUCCAAGUAUAAUUUAAUUUUGAUCAUGGCAGAAUCGAUGGAACCACGACAAAGGAAGAAAAGGAUUGUAGCAAUAUUAAUAAUAUAUUUACAGAUGUUGAAUUGCUUAGCUUUGUUUAUGAUGUUUAUAUGCUACCAUGUUCUAAGUAGGCGGUUGAAAAAGCGAAAGAGAUCAUGGGAUUGUUAUGAAAGAAGUUUAAUUCGAGAGGUCCAUUUCCAUAGGAUUAUUUUCAUGAAUGAUGUGGCUUGUAUUGAGAAUACAAGAAUGGAUAGAGCGGCAUUUCAUAAGCUGUGUGAAAUGUUGAGAACUGUAGGUGGACUACUUCCUACUAGGCAUAUGUGUGUUGAAGAGUUAGUGGCCAUGUUCUUACACAUACUAGCACAUCAUGCAAAAAACCGAAUAAUAAAAAGACAAUUUGUUAGGUCGGGGGAAACAAUUAGUAGACACUUUUCAAAAGUUUUAUUGGCAGUUUUGAGGUGUCAUGAAGAAUUGUUAAAACAACCUAGGCCUAUUUUGGAAAACAGCACUGAUGGAAGAUGGAAAUACUUCCAGGUACAUAAGAAAAUUAAUCAAAUCUGUUUUUUAUUAACAUCUGACUUAAACUUUAGUUGCUAUGUAUUAACUGUUAUAGUUAUGGAAAUGUAUAGAAUUGUCUAGGAGCUCUUGAUGGCACAUACAUCAGGGUCAAUGUGCCCGAAGCUGAAAAAAGUAAAUACAGAACAAGGAAAGGCGAGAUAGCUAUGAAUGUGUUAGGUGUAUGUUCUCCGGAUAUGCAAUUCAUAUAUGUUUUGCCUGGGUGGGAGGGUUCAGCUGCUGACUCUAGGGUCCUCAGAGAUGCUAUUUCUCAACCUAAUGGAUUAAAGGUUCCUCAAGGGCAUUAUUAUUUAUGUGAUGCUGGCUAUAUGAAUGGGGAAGGAUUUCUUACUCCUUAUAGAUCUCAAAGAUAUCACCUAAGUGAGUGGAGGAAUGGAGCACAACCAACUACACCAAAAGAAUUUUUCAAUAUGAAACAUUCUUCUGCUAGAAAUGUGAUUGAAAGAUGUUUUGGACUCUUGAAAGGACGGUGGGCUAUAUUGAGAGAAAAAUCAUUCUAUCCUGUUAAAACCCAAGGAAGAAUAAUCACUGCUUGUUGUCUUUUACAUAACCAUAUCCGCAAAGAAAUGGCUGUGGAUCCAUUGGAAACAAAUUUAGGUGAUCUAGAUUCCUCAAAUGAAGUCAUGUUCGGUGACAUGAUAACCGUCGUGGAACCAAGUGAUACAUGGAGUCGAUGGAGGGAUGAUUUAGCACAACAAAUGUUUAAUACAUGGAGAGCUGGACAUCAUUGAUAAAUUUUAUGUCAUGUCAUGCUAUUUUGUUUUUUUUUGUAAAUUUUAUUUUAAAUGUACUGUCCACUUUCAGUCAUGUAUAUAUCGUGAAUUUGGUUUUUAUAAUUGUUUUAUCUAUGCAAUAAUGUAUUUGUAAUAUAGAUGGAAGGCACAACUGAAUCACAGCAAUCAAAAAAACGACAAUGGACUGCAGAAGAAGAUGCAGUAUUGGUGGCUGGUUUGUUGCAAUUGGUGGAUGAUGGAUGGAAAGCUGAUGCUAACUCGUUUAAACCUGGGUAUACAAAAGUAUUGGAGAAGCAUCUUCAAACAAAGAUUCCAGAUUGCAAACUGAAAGCAAGUCCUCACAUCGAAUCAAGAGUAAAGCAUAUCAAGAAGCAAUAUUUUGCAAUCAAAGAUAUGUUUGGUCCAAGUGCAAGUGGUUUUGGGUGGGAUCCUACUAGGAAUAUGAUUGUGGUAGAAAGAGAAAUAUACAGAGAAUGGUGCAAGUCACACCCUGUUGCAGUUGGUUUGUAUGGCAAACCGUUUCCUCACUUUGAUAGUCUGGAUAUUGUGUUUGGGAAAGAUAGGGCAACAGGAACUCAUGCAGAAAGUCCAGCUGAUGCCGCAUUUGCUAUGAUGAAGGAGUUUUUUCCAACAGAAGAAGGUGGUGAGCCUGAAGUAAAUUUGAAUGAAGAUGAUAACAACAACAUUGAGUCUCAAUUCCCAGAAGUACCUACAUAUGACAACACUCAAGGAGCAAGACCAAUGGGUCUUGAUGCUUCUGGAUCUAGAGGUGGACGGCGUGGGUGUAAAAAAGCCAAGCAGAAUGAUGACAUUAGUGAAAGCUUAGCCAAUUCAAUGAGCAAAUUUGGUGAGUUCUAUGCUGGAACUGUUGAGAAUAUUAACCGACUAACAUCUUGCUUUUUACCUGAGAAAGAGACAGCUGAUCGGAGGACUCAAGUUUACUCAAUGUUAAGAGAAAUUGAAGGAUUGUCUAACGCGGAUGUGAUAAAGGCAGCUAUAUUGAUCACCAACAACAGUAAUCUGAGCGACUGCUUUUUUUCUGUUGAUACACUCGAAAUGAAGGAGGAAUUCGUGCGCUAUGUUUUGAAUAACAAUGGUGUUUGAAUUUGUUAGCUUUAUAUUUGUUAAUUUUAUGAGUACUUAGUAUUUAAAUUUCGUUUUUAGAAGGACAAGUCUUAAUUAAGUUUGAAUAAUAUGCAGUUCUAGUAUUAUUUCACAAUGGUGUUUGAAUUUGUAACUGAAAGAUUGCAUAUUUAUUGGAGUUCCCAGUUCUAUCACAAGGUAAAUUGAGCUGCUGCAGAACUGCAAUAUUUGAUGCUGUGAAAUUUGCAUUUUGAGCUGGUACCGAUCUGCAAAAUUGGUGUUUGCAUCUUCUCUAAGAUGUUGCUGCAGCUAUAUUGGUGUAGUUCUUGGCUGGUUUCGUUUGAUAUGCUGGUUCACUCACCUUAUUGGAGUUGGAUUGUGUUUUGGCUUCACUGGUGUGUGCUUUGGUUAAUCAAGGUCUGUUGAAAUUUUGGUGAUUUGUGGGUGGGCUUUUGGCGUGUUCUUGGUGGGCCAUGGAGUGGAUUUUGGAAGCAAUUUUCACCUUCAAUAGGAGGCUUGUUAGUGCUGAUUUGUUGCAGCAUUCCUCUGGUUAUUCUACACUCUUGGUGCUUGUUUCAUUCCAAAGUCAUGAGUGUUAUAUAAGAACUGGUAGGUCCUAUGGUAUCCCUUAUUUAUUUAACACUUGCUUACCCAUAUUCUGAGUUUCCUGGCACUGUACUGGCUGAAUUGAUUGUUGAAUAUUGUUUCCUUUGGAAAGUACUGGUACAUGCACCAUAAUUUGGGGAAAUAAUAAAAUGUUGUUUUACUUCAUAUUUACAGUUUUUUCCAUGUGAGCCUCAGCUUUCCUUCUUAUUUCAGCGGACAAGAGUACAGGAUUGGCAUAUUUUGGAAGUGAGUCCUGCUGUUGCUUCUUCUCCCUAAGCCAGUUCUCAGCUUCAACACAUUCAUUUAAGACCUUUGUUUCUCGUUGAUCUCAAUGUGAUCAAAUUUAGGAUCCUUUGACAUUGUAGCUUCUCUGUAACUAUUUAUACAAUAGGUAAACUGAUCAAUUAUUAUACCCCUCUCAGUGUAUUCUUUGUAACGCACUUCGAUUGGAUCACCUUGCAUUUUUAGUUCUUCAAAUAAAUAUAAACGUUAGUAUGGUGGUUAUAUAACAAGGGUAUUUUAAGAAUUUUCCAAUCUAUUCCCAGGAAUAUACAUUUUGAACCAAACAUAUAUUGUAAUUAUACCCAGGAAUAUUGGAAAAGAUUCCCGGGAAUUGAUUUUGUGAACCAAACAGAUUUUUUAAAGAUGCCUGGGAAUAGCAUUCCCAUCAUAAUAUUCCCGGGAACAACAUUCCCGGGUAUCCUUUUCCAAUCCGUGAAACAAACGCCCCCUCACAUAAGGGUUUUUCUCCCAUGUAAUGAAGGUCUAUUUUAAACUUAUUAUGUGGUUACUUUUUGUUAUUUUAGCUGGUGGUAAUCAACUUUAUUUGCCUUUUCAGUUUUCACCACUUUUCUACUUUUCUGAGUACUUUUCAUGUUUUUUCAUCUUCUCUGAUAUCUAAUGUUACUUUUGCAGAAAAACUGAACUUUUGAGCAUACUUUUUUGAUAGUUUAAAACCAUUAUAACUUUUCUUCUUCAUCUAUUUAAUCCCUCCAACCACCCACAUUCGAAGCUUUUUGUUCAUAACCUAUUACUCUCGUGCUUUGGUGGUGAUAAGGUGGGGUUUUGAUGGCGGGGUGUGGCGACAAGAAAGGAGAUGAUGGUCUCGUGAUUGGGUUGCGAGUCGAAGUCGCAUGCAUUGCUUCAAUUUCAAGUUCAGAUUAAAGUUCCUCAAAAUUUCUACACGGCAUUGAGUACAAGGUUGAGGAGGCUUAUUAGUUUAGGGAAGCUGGAAAAGGUUGUAAUUGAUUCAUAGCCUUCGAUAGUGGCUGUACUUGCAUCUUUGUUAUUUAGUGAGUCAGUUAGAGUUUUUGGAGUUGCUGGGCUUGUACUUUGUGUCAAGUGUUCUUCUCAAGGAGUUUCUUGUCAAGCAGCUCCAAAACUCUGAGAUUUUGAGGCGUGAGGAAGUUGGGAGUUACCAAUUGAGGAAGAAGAAAUCCAACAUGCCAAGUGGGUUUGUUGAUGUUUCAAUUCGUGUUUUUAAGGACAAGGAAGAGGUAGAUUCACACCUAGGUGGGGGGAAGGAAUAUUUCUCUCAGAUCAUGGAAAGAAGGGUGGAUUUGGACAAGCGUAUCCACAACAAAUGGCUCUAGCUUCAUUCCAUGGACUAGAAAAACAAGAACAAAUCAAUAACCCUCACUCACAUCCAGUUCCAUUUCCUACAAACUACUCGAACCCAUAUGUGGGUGGACCAAGCUACCCUGCAACUGCUGGACCGAGUUAUCAACCACCCCGAACUCAUCCACCACCAGUCCACCACUGCCGCCACCACUCUCAAAUGCUGGUUAUCAUUCCUCGAUAUAUUGCAGGUUAUAAUUGACUCAGCCUUCAACAGUGGUUGUACUUGCAGCUUUGUUAUUUGUGCAGGUGUGUGAUUGAAGCCACUUGGAGGAGCAUUGAAUUUCUGGUUCCAGUUCCUGAACACUUGAGAACUGAUGUGUGUGGGGUUCUGUUGUUGGUCGUGUUUGGCUUCUUAGAAAUUGAGAACUUGGAAAAGGUAGAACUAGAGGAGAAGAUUAAAGAAAACUUACAAGCAACGCCAUAUAUCAAGGCAAAACACAGUUUAACUAUAGAUAUGUGGCGGACGGGAGAUCCGACACAUUUAGGUGGGGCUAUCUACAUCCCUGAGUGUGCUUUCAUUUCAUACGAAAAACUUGUGCUUCUUUCAUCGAAUGGGAUUUGAGUGCAGAAGAAGUUUUGGGUGUCAGAUGGAAG